GCCCCUCCCCUUGGAGUCUCGUGUGCGUUUUGGCCACUUCUUUCCCAGAUUUUUAUCACGCGCACAGGUACGGGCGGAGUCAAAGACACUGACCGUGGACGGAUUGAGAAUAGGCCCCCAUCUUUUACAUCCCUUUCGAAAUUACGACUUUAAAGACAACUUUACGUUUACCCCUACUUUGAACCUCUGGAGUAGGCUUAUCCUCAUUUUUUUUUUUCAUUUUCACCCGUAGCCGUACUUUUCAACUACCAAAUACCUGCAACCCCCUUUUUCCAAUUCCAUUAAUUUUAUUCCCAAUCCGGUUCCGAUGUCCUUGAACUUGGCUACAUUGCAGGAUACCGAUCACGUCGGAAUACGGUCCAGCCACAAGCCGCGAACUUACUUCCCGGAAACUCAACCAUCAUGCACGCUGCAUGUGAUAUAUCCUUCAAUUGACGAAUGUGUAUCAGCUCAUUAUACCCAUGUGAAGUCUGCAGGCGUGCACGUUCAAUCAAUGUUGGGGUCAGACGGCUUGCAUUGAGAUCGUGAGUGACUGCACGUAGGCGAGUCUACAUAAUCAACACAGAUCGGACGUCUCUGCAUUUUAUUCAUUGCUACCUGCGUUAUCCACAUCGUGUCUAGACUCUCCGCAGACGGUUUUGAGAUACUACAAAAUAAUGUCGAAUCACACAGCUCCGACCGGUGCCCCGACCGAAGAACAGACCGCCAACUCGGCCGAGAACUCCAGGAUGCGACCCACCGGCGCAGCACCGAUAUCAACGGGCCAAUCGGCGUUCAUUCUCCCACGAGGAGUACGCAUCACUGUGCUCGUGUCAUCCGUUUGCCUGCUGAUAACCGGUUCAGUGCUGCUCAUACUUGGAGCCAUCGGCACAACCAAUGGUGCCCUACAGGGGCUCACGGGCAUAAAUGCUGCCACUACCGGUGUGACGCUUACUAUCACCGGUUCUAUUGGCUGUUUCGUUUUCUUCAUGACCAGGGCUGACAAAGUUGGGAGAUGGAAACUGAUACUAUUGGUGGUUGCCUGCCACGCCUCUGGGGCCUUUGCCAUACAGUGCACCAUUAUAGCCGGGCAGAUGACGUCGAGAACCCCACCCUGUGAGAACGUACCGGUGACCACCAGCGACGAAUUGGUAACCGGCAGUGGCACAGUGCCGCCAUUGUUUACCUGCGUUUCUGAUGCGACUCCUCAGGUUCUAUCCCUAGUCAUCCUCCUACUAUCCAUCUUGGGAUUUCUCCUUGGCAUCGUCUGCUCCGCAUCCUGUUACUACGCAGUACCUCGUCUGUUGUGCUGCCUCUGUGACGCUCCGCCUUACCAUCACCCGGCCAAAGCGAGCCAGGAGCCAGCUACACCCGCCGAGGUUCAGCCGGUACUGGCUGGCCAAGCUGAACCGGAGCAAAAUCAACCUACUGCUGCCGACAUCGUCGAUGUCUGAUCACAGGACCAGAGCAACGCACCAACUGCAUUCAUCAAAAUCCUUGUUCUUGUCGGCAAAACCAUUGUUUUUGUUGACAAAAUCGCGUCAGUCGGCAGUUUUUAAUUUAUGGCGCCAUAAAUAGCGCCACCUAGAGCCAUACGAUGUACCCCGGACGGUUUUAAAAGUCAACAGGCGACAAGCCCAGAGGCAAUUUGUUGCAUUUUCAUUUAGGACUCUGAAACAUUUUAAAACAUUGCCCAUUGAAAAAGAAUGAAAACGACACCCAACUCUGGCCUCCAUGAAGACGAUGUGAGGCUUCGUGGGCAGAAAAUACAUCUAAAUAGAGUAUGAGGGGUUUAAGUUCAAGAAAGCAAAAACAAAAGGUGAAGCCAAACAAAGCCGAAGUUUAACAAUACCCACUACCGGUAUUGUUUAGUCUCAGCUCAAUUCGCCCUGCUCACUUGAAAAUUUAAAGUCAGGAAUGGCUUCGUUACAAACUGGAAGAGGGGGGGGGGGGGUUGCAGAAACUCGUCUUUUCUUGGAUUUCAUGACACCGACAAAGCUUGGAUAACCUCACCACUAUAUGAGGAUUGUUCUAAUU